UCGUAGCUCAACAGACUGACUGACAAGCUUUAAUACGAUAUUCAUAUAUUUCAUACUCUCUGGAAAAAUAUACUGUCCCAGCUUUGCUAUUUUGACAGCUAAAAAUACUCCGAAUUGAAGAAAUAAUGGGAGCUUAACAGAUACAACUUCGAUACUCUGAAGAAAUCUUCAAGCUAUGAGGAAGUUAAUAAAUAGCAUUUCUAAGGCCUUAAUGGUUUUAAUUUUAUUCUCAUUGUUAUUUCUUCAUUUGGAAGGCACACAAGCGACAAACCCCUGUCCCUCCCCUCCCUGUCUAUUUUACACCGACACAACAACGAUAAAUUUACUUCAGCUGAGCCAUGGUGGCUCAUCAGUGUCAACCGUGAAGUCUAAUCUCCGCAGAGCAGCCGCCAUUGCUGUUGACAUCAGAAGAAAAAUUCUAUUUUGGAGUGACCUAAGCCGUGACGUCAUUCAGAGUCUAAACUUCACGAGCGGUGAUGUCCAAGAUGUUGUUACGAAGGAUAUUACUACUGUUUAUGGGAUGGCUGUGGACUGGGAGACAGAGCUUGUUUAUUGGACGGAUUAUGGACGAAGAGAGAUCAGUGUGGUGACGUAUGAUGGUAUGAAGAGGAAGACGUUAGUGAACGUUGGUGUUAUCAAUCCUCAUGGGAUAGCUGUGGAUCCAAGGAAUGGGAUAAUGUUCUGGACAGACUUAGGUUCAAGACCAAGAAUACAGAAAGCCACACUAUCUGGCCAUAACCAGACAACAAUAGUUAAUCUAAGUCCGCUCUACCAACGCUGGCCACACGGGAUUGCGAUCGAUUACGCCAACAACCGCCUGUACUGGAUUGACAGUAUGCAGGAUCAAAUCAUGUCAGUCGAUUUUAACGGGAAAAACCGCGUUCUACAUCGAUCUUUUUUUGAUAUUCACGCGUUUAGUUUGGAUAUGUUGGGAGAUUUGUUGUACUGGAGUGAUUCAGCGAGUUUUAGCACCAGGAUUAGAACUAUAAACAAGAAUGGGGGGAAUUCUGGAGUGUAUUAUAAUGUGGGAUAUUYUAAUGAUAUGGGGAUAGUGAUAUACGACCAAUCCAGGCAACCCAGAGGAAACACUUCCUGUGUAAAAGGAAACCACGUCUGUCAGUAUCUUUGUCUUUUAUCUCCACUUGGCCCAAAGUGCGCAUGCCCAGAUGGCCAAAUUCUGAGCCAAGAUGGUACGACUUGCAAAGAAUCCACUAAAUCAAUUUUUCUAACAACAUCAACUCCGAUUGCAAUCUAUCAAAUCCCGCUAGACGUCCCGCAACCCGUAAUGAAACGCGUGCCUCUAGCAAACCUCGAGUAUCCAAGCGCCAUCGUUGUAAACCCAAUAGACAGACGCAUUUACUGGACCGACACAUGGCAACAGUCUAUUUUCCGUGCUUUCUUGAAUGGAACAUCUAAAGAGAGAAUUGUGGGAAGAGUAAGGAGUGCGGAUGGCUUGGCAGUGGAUUGGAUGGCUUGGAAUCUCUACUGGAACGAUAGGGUAGCCAAUAGAAUUGAAGUUGCCCAGUUGGAUGGAAAGUACAGGAAGACACUUAUUUAUGAGAACUUGGAACGUCCGACCAACAUCAUCCUUGACCUCAAAAAACGUCACCUUUACUGGGGAAGCGGCGGAGUAGACCUCCCGCCAAAAAUAGAGCAAGCUGACAUGACAGGCCUCAACAGACGUGUACUAGCGAAUCUUGUUUCCCCGCCAACAGGAGUUACUAUCUUUGAAAACAGGUUAUACUGGUUUGACGAGUUUCACAACGUGCUUCAGUAUGUUGAUCGAGUCAGCCCAGGAGGGGUGGUGACGAUUCAUCUUUCUCGGCAGGUGUUAGGGCCUUCGGUUCUGACCUCGAUUGAUGGCUUCCUGUACCUCUUGGACAGUGGCCGACGCGCGAAUGAUGGUGCUGUGAUAAAAAUCGACAAAGACACAGGUAGAGUCUUGCAGAACUUGACAUGGUUUCUUGGCAGACCUUUGAGUAUUGUGGCUGUGGACUUCAAUGUAACAUUAACACCAAACGCCUGCUCACAAAACAACGGGAACUGUAGUCAUUUAUGUCUCUUCGAACCUAGUGGUCGAAAGUGCGCAUGUCCGAAUGAAAUGACGCUGAAGGAUGAUGGGAAGACUUGUUAUUUUAAAGAAUUUUUGUUGUACGCUGAUGCGGGUGGCAUACGGCGCCGAGGUAUUUACAAGCUUUCGUUGGAUGACACGACCAACACACCAGUGAAGCUACCAUUGUCAAACAUCAAACGACCAACCGCCUUGGACUUUGACCCGCUGGAGGAGUUCGUCUACUGGACAGAUGUGAGCCUUGAUCGAAUCAUGCGAACCCAUUUGGAUGGGAGUUUUCAAAUGAAUAUCGUUAACAGUGGGCUUAAAAGACCACAGGGUUUAGCGGUUGAUACCAUUGGUCGUAAUCUUUACUGGACGGAUAUGGGUAGCAAUGUUAUUGAGGUUUCAAAGCUGAAUGGAUCGUUUAGGAAGGUCUUGGUGUCUAAUCUUGAUCAACCUAAGGCGAUCGUACUGGAUGGAAAGAGAGGGUUCAUGUACUGGUCAUCAUGGGGACAUCUUGCCAAAAUAGAACGUGCUGACAUGAACGGUGCAAACAGAACGCUCAUCCAAUCCUUUCCGAAUCCUGCUCAUUGGUCAUGGAGCGACAUUCCUCCUUCUCCAAACGGUCUGGCCCUUGACCCAGAAACAAACCUGCUUUACUGGAUUGACGAGCUUCAAGGGACCCUUAAGUUCAUGGACUUAAAGACUCAACCUUACCGGGUCCAAGAUUUAAUCUCUUCCCAUCUUUACUUGACGAAUCCCUUUGGAUUGGUUCUCAACGAGGAGAAAAUCUAUUGGUCCGAGAAGGGAAAUGGAGGUGGUAUAUUCAGCAUCCCGAAACAAGACGGGAAUGUCGUGACGAGGGUCGCAAGGACAUCGGGUGCUCCUCGGGAUGUCCAUGUAUAUCAUAACGCUACGGUGAUUCCAGAUUCACACCCUUGUACUUUAUAUAAUGGCUGGUGUACUCACCUAUGCUUGGUUGUCCCUGGUGGAUACAAGUGUGCUUGUCCUUCCAUCACAGAAACUGGUCAGCCGUGCUUGACUGUACCUAACCGUCCUAACGUUACAUCUUCACCUAGCACGACUGCCCCUAUACCAACAACUACGACAACUACUACAAGUGGAACAACUACAGAGAAGCUAACGACCACGAAGACGCACCCUACUACAACAGAACAGCCAACAACAACAAAACCAUCAAUAACAAAGCAGAAGACAUCAACGACGCCAACUACAGAGUCUACAACUGCGACAACAACUACAACUACCCCACAAACAACUCAACGAUCACAUACUUCCAGUUUUACAUCAUCAACCAAGCUGACGACGACUGCAACACGAAACCCAUGUCUACCCAACCCUUGUAAUAAUGAAGGACAAUGUACGAAGAUACAAGAGAACCCAGAUGGUUUUGUUUGCCAAUGUCAGGAAGGCUAUGCUUCACAUUUGUGUGAUGUGUUUUACGGGGAAAACAAGAUAGAAAUGACCUUAAAAAUGAAACUAGAGGACUGGAAAACAUCUGAAUUCAAGGAAGGAAUGGCUAAGAUGGUAAAUGGAUAUUGUGAAAAGCAUGACUGUAACGCCAAGUACAAACGCCGAAGACGGUCCAGUGGCCUCCUACACUACACACCCGAUGACGUCAUAGUUGUCGGAGAUCCAAAAGCCGUAUCUAACGGGAUCAAAGUCCAGACUGUUAUCCUAGAACCGCAACAAGCGAACCAAUCCGGACCAAGGAAACCAAUGUCUGGAUCCCUGCUGUGUGCUAUCAUGCGUGAUUCAAAGGAGUCUGGGUCGAGUGCCUUGAAAGGUUAUAACAUUCUGGCCUUGAAUGGGGAAAAAGACCCAAAGUGUCCUGGGGCACCGAUAGCAGACGAAAAUAAAGGACAUGGCUCCGGAGAUUCAAGUUCUUCUAGUGUUCCUGUGUCGGCAGCUGGAGCAGUGGUUGGUGUACUAUGCGUAUUGGUUAUUAUCAUAAUCUUGUUUUAUUUCUAUAGGAAGCGUAAACAACGCGUCCAGAAGGAGAAAAACGAGGUAACACCGAACGUUACAUUCAGUAACCCAGGCUUCCAAGAUGAACCAGGAGUGGAAGUACCACUGAGCCCCACCUACGAGGAGAUCGGACCAGACCUGAGGGACGAAAUACUGAACCUGAACAAGAGUUUGCCUUGGCAAGAAGACUUUAGCGGGUCAACUAAUCCUGUGUACCAUGGAUUGAACCAGCGCGCAUACGCAGCGCGAGCACAACCGCGUCCAGCCGAAGAAGCUCAAGACAACAAACUGAAAGAGUUGAGAGUCAACCUUGAAGGUGACAGCAAUAAGGACGGUAACCAUGAAAAUACUCAAAACAUAAAAACCAAUGGUAACCUUAGCAACAGUACAAGCGAUGCAAAUGAGGAACGAUAUGUUACGGUGCCUCCAUCUGGAAUGCUAAACCGACAAACCGAUGCCGACUUACAACAUCAGGACUCAAGAGAAGAGCCCGAGUACGCGUCUAUACCGAACGGUCGGUCUAAACCGAAGGUCGUCACACAGGAACCCGAAUACUCGUCUAUACCGAACGGUCCGUCUAAACCGAAGGUCGUCACACAGGAACCCGAAUACUCGUCUAUACCGGACGGUCGGUCUAAACCGAAGGUCGAUACACAGGAACCUGAAUAUACGUCUAUACCGAAUGUUCGGUUAAAACCAAGAGCGAAAACAAACCAACGUCUGUCAAGUAAUGAACUCAAUACUGAAGCGGACGACUUUUAUGAAAAGAUGGACUUCAAUGAAAUUAAACCGCGUUCACCCCUGGGUCCUCCUCCUGAAGACCCUACGCAAAAUGGGACCUAUAUUGAGCCAGACAGUCUUGGUGGUGCUGAAAAGUCUUGGGACAAGAGAACCUACGUCAAUGCAAGUGAGAUCAAUGGUUUGCCUUUACAAGACGAUUUGAAGAAAAGAACCAAUGUUAAUGCGGAUAUUGUUAAUGAACGCACUGAAAGACAGGAAAAGAAAUGAAAAUUCUUCACAGGACGAGAAGAGACUAGGUAACCAGGGAGAUAAAGACCAGGGUCAGGAGGUAACUCAAAAUAAGGGUCCACAAAAAGGACCCUCUAAUAGAGUGCAUGCAGUAGAGGGAUGUAAAUAUAAUGACAAAACAGUCUCCUAAUUGACCCUUGGAUGGUCCUUUAUUAUAUGGAAUAAGAAAAGAAGUCGUCCUCGACAAAAAUAACGAAACAGCAGAAACCAACCACUUGAAUGCUAGAAGAAAAUGACGUCAUUUACACGAUGUGACGUCAUAUAUUUUCAUUUCGUCCUUUUGUUACGUUAUUGAAAAAUUGGCAUCAUGUAUAUGUUAUAGUACUAAACGCGACGUCAUUUUAGGUUAUGUAAUAGUGACGUCAGUUAAAAUCAAAAGCACUCUCUUUUGCUUAACUUUCCCUUGAAAAAAACAUCAACUGUAAAAUUGUCUAUUUAAAUCAAAUUAAAAAGCAUCUGCCCUAAACUAGUCCAGUGGUCUUCAUAUUAUCCUAAGGACAACGGAGAGGUCUGCGCAUGCUCGUACUCCUACUGAAAUGACAAAUGAGCUUCAAAUGACCAUAUAUCAGUGCUGAAAUGCACGAACUAUUUUGGCUAAUGAUGUUUAAGGACCCUUUUAACUUGGGCAUGUUUUAGAGCGUCCGAGUGGAUAAUAACUUUGUUUACAAUAACUUUUGUAAAAGACUUGAAUAUAAUCUAAAACGAGGUUUAAAAUGACAAAGCAUUACGGCCAAGAUAAGGUGUAUGUCCAGCCAAUGUUGACAACAUAAAACGCUUCAAAACAACAUCCGCCAAAGGGUAACCCUAAAGGAAAACUACUCCAGUAAUUACGACAAUGGUUUUAAGCUUUUUGAAUUAAGUUAUUGUCGGCGCCCUUUGAAGUCCGUUUUAAUAGAAAACCUACGAGAUAAGCAUUAAAAUUAGGUAGAAAAUGAGUUAUUUGCGUUAAAAGUAUUAAAUGUUUGUAGAAAAA